AUGGAGUGUCCUGCGAGAUCUUCUUCGGCCGCGUUUGCCUCCCUCCUUCUCUUCUUCGUCGGCGCGUUCGUAUUUACGCGCCUCCUCCUCAACUCCGAGACACAGACUCUAGUUGGUAACUCUGCGCAAGAUCCAAUAGUAACUACCACAGCAUCCCAAUUAUACCCUCAGAAAACCCCAGUUCUUCCCAAAACACCCCCAAAGCCACUAGAUAUCCCACUCGACUGCAUUGCCUACAACUUCACCGGAACCUGCCCCUCAAACUACCCUACCACCUCUUCACGAGACCAAGAUCCUAACCGUCAAUCCCCUCCCACGUGUCCUGAGUACUUCCGUUGGAUACACGAGGACCUGAAGCCGUGGGCCCACACUGGGAUAUCAAGGGACACGUUUGAGCAGGCGAACCGUACGGCGGCGUUCAAGCUGGUCAUCGUUAACGGCAAGGCGUACAUGCAGAGAUACGUUAAGGCGUUUCAAAGCAGAGAUACUUUUACGUUGUGGGGGAUCCUACAGUUACUGCGUAGAUACCCAGGGAAAGUUCCUGACUUGGAGCUCAUGUUUGACUGUGUUGAUUGGCCGGUCAUUUCUUCAAGCUCCUAUUCCGGUCCCAAUUCUACUGCCCCGCCACCGUUGUUUCGUUACUGUGGGGAUAACAACACACUCGACAUCGUCUUUCCCGACUGGUCUUUUUGGGGAUGGCCUGAAAUUAAUAUAGCUCCAUGGGAGGACUUGUUGAAGCAACUAGAGGAAGGUAACAGUCGAAGUAGAUGGGUGGACAGACAACCUUAUGCUUAUUGGAAAGGCAAUCCGGAGGUCGCUGAAACAAGGCAGGACCUCAUUAAGUGUAAUGUUUCCGAGGAACACGAAUGGAAUGCUAGAGUUUAUGCUCAGAAUUGGACUAAAGAAGAAAAGGACGGGUUCAAGAAAUCGGAUUUGGCAAGCCAAUGCAUUCAUAGGUAUAAGAUCUAUAUAGAAGGGUCUGCUUGGUCUGUGAGUAACAAAUACAUUCUUGCUUGUGAUUCCGUUACCUUACUAGUAACGCCCCGAUACUACGACUUCUUCAUGAGAGGUUUAAUGCCCGUUCACCACUACUGGCCCAUCAAGGCUGAUGACAAGUGCAGAUCUAUCAAGUAUGCAGUAGACUGGGGAAACAGCCACCAUGAUAAGGCACAAGCCAUAGGAAAGGCAGCAAGUAAUCUAAUUCAAGAGGAUUUGAAGAUGGACUAUGUAUAUGACUACAUGUUUCAUCUUCUAAGAGAAUAUGCAAAGCUCUUGCAAUUCAAGCCCACGAUACCUCCAGAAGCUAUUGAACUUUGCUCGGAGACAAUGGCGUGCCAAGCAGAAGGACUAGAGAAGAAGUUUAUGAUGGAAUCCCUGGUGAAGGGUCCUGCGGUCACUGACCCAUGUACCAUGCCUCCUCCAUAUGAUCCUCCAUCUCUUUUUUCAAUACUUCGGAAACAAUCAAAUAUACUUAAACGGGUAGAAAAAUUGGAGAAGAGUUACUGGGAACAUCAAAACAAGCAAUCAUAG